GAUUCCCGGGAAUGGCGCCACUGGCCGGGAGGGGGGUCACUGGGAGAGCAGAGCGGGCCCCUCCACGCCCCCAUGUGGGAGGGGCCACCCGAGAGGCAACAAACCCCGCCCACUUAUGGGCUGACAGCGGGCUGAGGGUCAGAAAUCACCUCAGAGAGGAGCCGGGUGAUGUGUCCGGCACGCGGGAGGGGAUGGCAGAGGACGCGCUCUAUGAAAAGAUCUCGAAGAAAGGGGGACUGACGGCGGGAGAAUCGCAGGAGGACACCGAACCCAUCAACCUUCUGCAGAAACUGCGCAGCCGCAUCACGAAAGUCGUGCAAACCAAAGUGGACAGUAUACUGGGGGAUGUCCAGAAGUUGACUGACUAUGACAAGCUGUACCUGUACCUCCAGCUGCCGCCCGGCCCCAGCGGCCCCGACAAAAGCCUGGAUGUAGGAUGCGUGACCACGGCGGAACACAUGCACGCCUGUACGUGGAUCCGGAACCACCUGGAGGAGCACACCGACACCUGCCUGCCCAAGCAGGAUGUCUACGACGCCUAUAAGCGAUACUGCGACAACCUCUGCGGGCGACCGCUCAGCGUGGCCAACUUCGGGAAGAUCAUCCGGGAAAUCUUCCCCAAUAUAAAGGCGAGGAGGCUGGGAGGACGCGGCCAGUCCAAGUAUUGCUACAGCGGCCUGCGGAGGAAGAGCAUGGUGAGCAUGCCGCCGCUCCCCAGCCUGGACCUGAAGAUGACAGAAAGUUCGGAGCUGACGGAUCUGGUCCAGUCCUACAACAACGACGUGAUAAACGCCUCCUGCGCUCUGAUCUGUAAUUGGGCGGAGAAGAUCCUGAAGCGAUCGUUCAACAACGUGGUGGAAGUGGCCCAAUUCCUGAUCCAGCAGCACAUCAUUAACCCCCGCAGCGCCAACGCCGAGCUCGUCCUCUCCAUGGUCCUGUCAGAAAACUCUCAGAGCGGCGGGCAGAAACUACAGAAGCAGCCGGCAGACGUGCCCGGGACAAAGAGGCCCCCAUCCCCCGAUAACAGCACGGCAGACAAUAAGAACAAGAAGUCUCCCCCAAAUCCGCACCCGGUCAGCCCCCCGCAGGUGAAGAAGCGCCCCCCCGAGCCGCAGAAGGCAGCCAGCAGCCCCCGGGUGGACGCCUUGGUCGCCAAGCUUCCAGUCCUCCGGCCCCGCCUCCCCACAGAAGAAAAGUUCAUCAGUUCCAGCCCGCCGGUCCGAUUCCCCCCUCCAGUCCUGGCUUCCAACAUCAUCCCCGGGCACUUGAAGGUGUCGCCUUUGCCGUUUGCUGCCGUCCCGCCGGUAGUGCCGCUGGCGGUCACCGCUGGGGUGAACGGGACGGGGUUGGUCCCUCAGCCGGUGGCCCAGCCCGUCAUCAGUAUGAUCCUUCCCGACAUGGUCAACUUGGAGCCCCACGCCCUUCCAAAAUCCAACCAGAACGGCCUCAAAGAGCUGGCGGGCGGCUCGGGCGCCGAGAACAAAUCGGCCAAACGGCUCGCGGCCUCCCCGGAGGAGGGACAGUCGAGAAGAAAGCGGGGUCGCCCGCGGAAGGUGGACACUCAUCCUAACCCCGGCAAAGGGCCGUCAACGUCUAUGGCACAGCUGGGGAGGAUGGCGGUGGAAAUCCCCGGCACGACGCAAAUUAGAGACGAUGCCCAGGACCUUGUCGGCUCCUCGGCCCCGCCGGCCGCCAUCACACAAGGAGACGACACCGCAGUGCCGCUGGCGACCGGAGAAGAGAUCCGUCAGCUGGAGGCGCCGCAGCUCACGCCGCUUUCUUUCGGCCAGGCCGAGGCGACCCAGUCCACCCCCGAGGCCAGGAGGGGGGACGUCGUGCCGAACCAGGUCAGCGUCAUCCAAGAUGGCCGACAGAGCCUGGUUCAGUGGACCGUACGGACUGCAGAGCAGAGGAGUAGCCGAGAGGAAGGGUUCGCGGCGGAUGAAUUGGAAUGGGAAAGGAUCCAAGUGGACUGACAGACUCCUCCUCCUCCCCCCUGCAUGAAUCCCUGAGCAGGAACAGUUCCGCCCUUUCCCCGCCCCCUGCCCUCCCCCCACCCCCUGGCCAACCCGGGAGGAGCCUGCGUCCAGGAAGGGACACAGACGUCUACCAAUCCGCCAGGGGAUUGGACGCAGGAAAAGAGCCAUAGCCCCGCCCCCCCUGUUUAUGACAUGUUGAUAGGUUUUCAGAUGACAUCAUCCCAUUUCUACCAGCGGAGCGUAAUGGACUCGGUGACACUCCCAGCUUACGCCCCGCCCCUCUCCCCGCCCCCUCCAUUGUUUGUAUCAUAUGUCAGCCCUUCACACUUCCAUAAAAGGAACAUUUCUUACAAAGCA